UUUUAGGCUUUGAAGGAACCCUACCGCUGUUUAAGUAUCUCCCUGCCCUCUAUUUUCUCCUUUCUUAGAUCCACCUCGAAAUUACAGCACAAUUUGGUGCAAUUCCACAUGGAGGACGACUGCAUGGGCUUGCCCCCUGGCUUCAGAUUCCAUCCCACGGAUGAGGAGAUCAUAACUCACUACCUCUCGCCCAAGGUGAUCAACAAGAGCUUCAGUGCAAGAGCUAUGGGAGAGGUGGACCUCAACAAGUGCGAGCCAUGGGAUCUUCCAACCAAGGCAAGGAUGGGAGAGAAGGAAUGGUACUUCUUCUGCCAGAGGGACAGGAAGUACCCGACUGGCAUGAGGACCAACAGGGCCACAGAAGCCGGCUAUUGGAAGGCCACAGGAAAAGAUAAGGAGAUAUAUAAGGAGAGAGUAGAGCUCGUUGGCAUGAAGAAGACACUGGUGUUCUACAGAGGAAGAGCUCCCAAAGGACAGAAGACUAAUUGGGUGAUGCAUGAAUUCAGGCUCGAUGGCAAGUUCCCAUUCCCCAAUAUCCCAAAGUCUGCAAAGGCUGAAUGGGUCGUCUGCAAAGUCUUUCACAAGAAGAUGGGGACGAAGAGCAGCAUACCACCACCUGAAUCACAAGGGGCUAAUUCUCUUGCAGAAGGUUUCUUUGACUCUGCUACUACAUUGCCCCCUCUCAUGGAUCCUCCUUACCCGAAAACCAACGCGAUUCCUACCUUCUCCGCCAUGAUGGGGAUGGAGGAUGGACAAGUCAUGAAUCAGCUAGUGAUCUCAAAUCCACCUCAGAAUUCAGCCUCCCAUCCACAUCUCCUUCCUCAAAGCUCUUAUUAUUUGCACCAACAAGAAGCAAUGCUGAGAGCCUUAGCUGCUGUCAACGAUGCAUCUUCUUCCUGCCCCUCGCAAGACACAGACCACAGUACCGGUCGCACCACCGAGAUAUCUUCGAUGGCGUCGGCACGCUUCGGUGACUUUCUGCAUCCUUCAUCUGGACCAGUGAUGGAUUUGGAUAGCAUUUGGGAUCUCAAGUAAUUCAUCUCCUACUCCUCUCAGAUGUUAUUAAUCAUGUACUGCCUGAACUCUUGCUGAUAUAGAUUCCCAAUUGUAUAGUAUAUCUAUACGCAUAGAUCGCAAAGAACACCAACGUGAAGGUCUAUUCUUUUGUCGUCUCUGCAGGCUUCCUGCAUCAUAGAUCAUUGUGUCAGAUCAAGCUAGUGUUGGAAAUUUGUUAUACUUCCUGGUGUCGAAUAUAUUUUGAUUUGUCA